AUGGUCUUCAAGAUUGGAUUCACUCAUUGCCCGCACUCUAGACUUCGGAACCCUGUAUUUGGAUAUUUGGGCGAGCUUCAAAAGUGGGAACGUAUGGUCAUAGUCUUUGCAUCUAGCGAAGCUGUUGGGCCAGCGUUCCUUGAAGCAGCGUUGAUCCAAAAGUACAAAGGAACUCCAGGGUGCAGGAACGAGCGGGAUGGUGGUGAGACUGUGAAGGAGUCUGAGGGGCCAUACUUUACAUACUUUGUAUACCAAUCAUUCAAAAGACCCAGUAACGCGCACCUAAUUCGUUCACAGGCUAGACCUUUGCUGCGAUAG